AUUUUAUUACGUACCAAGUAGAAAAAUGGCAGAGAUCUGACGUAUACUUAAAUCACCGAUGCGCAAAAUAAUUUUGCAAUGUCUCCGAAAUGAUUGCUUCAUUCGGAGAUACUGCAAAUGAUGAUGGCACAACUUCUUCGAGUGUGCAAACUGGAAGUCUCUUGUGUAGUUAGAAGUUAUGGAACUUAUAGAUACCAACAAGAUCAUUAUGAAACCUUAAAUGUUUCACCCAAUGCAUCGCAGAAAGAAAUCAGACGAGCUUUCAUCAAAUUGUCGAAACAACUGCAUCCUGACAUAAGUGGAAAACACAGUCAUGCUGAUUUUGUGAAGUUGAAUGAAGCUUACUCAAUUUUGGGAAGAGAAAAUACCAGACGCCAAUACGAUUUAGACUUGAGAUAUACUAGAUACAAUCCAUCCUAUACAUAUAACUCACAAAACAGACAAUAUGGAAGUCAAUGGGAAUAUGAGGUACGUUCAGCGGGAGGACCAUGGCCACCGCCUCAACAAAAGCCAGAUGCAUCCUUUGGUCGUCUAAUGGCUUUUCUUUUCCUUGGGUUAGGGUUGGUACAAGUUUAUUUUAUGUUUUAUUCUAUCAGAAUGAGAAGGAUUGUGAUUUUUCGAAGUGAUAAAUUAGAAAAUGAAUAUCAACAAACUAGGUACGUCGCGCAUAAAAAAUCCAAUGAUAAUCAAUAUAUCGUAGAGAAUAUUAACUCUGCAGAGGAUCUUAAUGAGUACCUAGGUAAAAGCAAUAGUUAAUUUUAGCAUAAAUUAUAUCAAAAACUGAAUUAAAAGUGUCAGUUAUUA